AUGCCGGCCGCGCCUUUGCCCGCGCAGACUCAUUUGAAGGCGAUGCAAUUGCGUCGUUUUACAGAGGAGGCUGCAGAAAAAAUGUUUGACAAUGCAGAAUUGAUUGGUGUUCGAUCUUUGGGAUCUGUUCUGCCAGAUAUAAAAUUAGACAAUUUUUCUGUGAAGAAUGAGCCUGUAUUAGGAUACCUGAAAGGUAGUAAGGAACGCUAUGAAUUGGAGGAAGCACUUAAACAAAUUUCUUCAUCUUGUGAAGAUGUUCCCAUUAUUGUGGGUGAUGAAGAAAUCAGAACUAAAUUGGUUCAACAUCAAGUUAUGCCUCAUAACCAUUCCCAGAAGAUCGCGCAAUACUAUCAUGCAACACCGGAAGUCAUUAAGAAAGCAAUCAAAGUAGCAGUUGCAGCCCAGAAAACAUGGGAGAAUGUUCCUUUUCAAGAAAGAUUCAACAUUUGGCAAAGGGCAGCUAAUUUAAUGGCGACCAAAUACAGGAUGCAGUUAAAUGCUGCUACAAUGCUUGGUCAGUCCAAAAAUGCCUUGCAAGCAGAAAUUGAUUCUGCAGCUGAGUUAAUAGAUUUCUUUCGGUUUAAUGCAUACAAUGCAAAAGAAUUGCUCAGUUACCGACCAGUUAGUGAAAAUCCUAAAGUUACUUUGAAUUCAAUGAGAUAUCGAGGUAUGGAAGGAUUUGUAGCUGCUGUGUCACCAUUUAAUUUUACAGCUAUUGGUGGAAAUUUGGCUUACACUCCUGCCCUGAUGGGUAAUAGUGUUUUGUGGAAACCUUCUGAUACUGCUCUUCUGUCAAAUUAUAUAAUUUUUAAAAUUAUGAAAGAGGCUGGCCUACCUUCUGGAAUUGUGAAUUUUGUACCUGCCGACGGACCUGUAUUUGGAGACAAUACCACUUCUUCUAAAGAUUUAGCCUGUAUUAACUUCACGGGAUCAGUUGUAACAUUCAAUCAUUUAUGGAGACAAGUUGGAAAUAACAUUGACCUAUAUAAGUCUUACCCACGUCUUAUUGGUGAAUGUGGUGGAAAGAAUUACCAUUUUGUACAUCCUUCAGCAGAUGUCUUGAAUGUUGUGGUAAACACAAUUAGAUCAGCAUUUGAAUAUUGUGGGCAGAAGUGUUCUGCAUGCUCUCGCAUGUAUGUUCCUGAAUCUUUAUGGCCAAAAAUUAAGGAAGGUUUGCUUUCUAUUAGAAACGACAUUAAAGUAGGAGAUCCUACAGAGUAUGAUACAUUUAUGGGGGCUGUGAUUGAUGCUAAGGCAUUUCAGAGACUAUCUGGAGCAAUUGAUAGGGCUGGAAAAACAUCUGGCCUAAAAGUUGUUGGAGGAGGGACAUACGAUUGCAGUAAAGGAUAUUUCAUCCAUCCUACGAUUGUUGAGUCAAAGAAUCCAAAGGAUGAUAUUAUGGUAAAUGAACUCUUUGGGCCCGUAUUAGCUGUGUAUGUGUACAAGGAUAAAGAUGUUAAUUCAACCUUGGAACUUGUUGGGAACUCAACCCCGUAUGCUCUGACAGGAGCUAUAUUUGGAAAUGAUGAGGAAUUUUUGAAGAAAGCAACUGUUGAGUUGAAACAGACUGCUGGAAAUUUCUACAUUAAUGACAAAUCUACUGGUUCUGUGGUAGGACAACAGCCCUUUGGUGGUGCAAGGAAAUCAGGUAAUUUUAUUUAUAAAGAAAGCAGCAAUUGA